AUUCUUUUUUUGCCUAAUUUCGAUUGAAAAAAAAAAUCAAAUAUUAAUUAUGGUAUAAAUUUCGAAUUUCUCAAACAACAUGUUGAUUGUCGAAUAAUUUACCUCCAAAGGUUAUAGAUAUUAGGGUCCACUUUACCAGAAAAUCCAUUGCGAUUUAUAUAAAACAAAUUAAACCCCUUUUCUGUUUUCUCAACCUUGUUCAUUCUAUCGCAAUAACCACCCUAAGAAAUUGAAUUGAUGAGCGUUGAUUACCUGUAGAUGCGAAAGGACCAUACGUUCUUAUUUAAUUGGGAGAAGAGGAUGUGUUGAGCAUCUGGGUAGGGCUGAAAUUUCUGAAAAUGGCGGAAUGUGCAACUUUAUUAUCUAAUUUUAAGCUACAUUUGCAAAGAAGUGAUCCAAAUGGUUUAUGGUUGAAAUCCCAGAAAUUGUAUUCCAAGAAGUUUUCCAGGUCUGCUUCACUUCCUCUACGGAGAGUCAGCAGGCAUAAUCCUAUUUCUGUUUCUAAUGGAAGUCGAUCCAACUGUUUGGGAAGUAUGGUACAAUUUGAGAGUGCUGCUGCAUCUGAUUGGGUGCUUGUCAUGGACCAAGUGCUCCUGACUGCUAGUGUAUUCCUUGCUUAUAUGGCUGGAGUCAUUCCUUCUAGAGGGUCCUAUAUAAAUUCUCAGAAGAACAAUUCAAAAGACCCGUUGCUCCCAGAAAGCCCCAUCUUUUUUGGUAGUUCAACAGAAAAGGAAGAUAGAUUUAGUUGUCAGUGUAUCUGGGAUGCAGUCAAAGGGAAAAUAACAAAGACUCUUCUUGCUAUUGAAAAUGGCGUCAUUUUGGAAGAAAAUUUUGUUGCAAUGGAAUUGAGUCAUACAAGGCACAGUCUAAGUUUAUAUGCUGUUGCUAAUGGUCCGAGAUUCAGGUUGCUUUUGUCUUCAACUGAGCAGCUUGAGAAAGAGGUGAAUAAAAUCCCAAACAUAUCAACUGCUAUGGAAAGGGAGGAGUGGAUAGGGAUUUUUUCCUCUACUAUAAAGAAGACUUGUCAAGCAGCUUUGCUUUCAUGGAUGGAGAAAGAGUUCUGCACAGAAAACUGCAAGCCUGACAAGGAGCUUUUGUUUUCUAUGUCAGAGAAGUUGAGUGGUGAUGACAUUAUCUUAGGGAAUUUCAGAAAACAAGGCAAAAUGGAUCUUUUUGCAGAUUUGAUAGGCUUUUUCAGAUACGGUGACUUUAGGGAUUUUAGCUACUAUGACCAUAAUAUUUACUCCUUACAUGGGAGUGCCAUAUUGGAAGAUUUGAUCAUUAAUUUGGCUGAUGCAAUAUCGAGCGUAUAUUUGGAGGUUAUAUCAGUUGACAGUGAAACUUCUGAAAAAAUUAGUAACUACAGCCUAUCUUUGUGUACUUUGUCAGCCAGAGCUCUGCAAAAAUUGAGAAAUGAGGUAGCUAUGCGUGAGUGGAUUCACCAGAACUUUGGGGAAAUCGUAUUGAUGUAUGAGGAUCGAUUUGACUUACGGGUACUAAAGCUUGAGCCUUAUCCUGAGGCUGCAGAGAAACUCAAAGAAAGUUACAACUGGUGGACAAGACUUACUCUGAGGAAAUGUGUGACGGUGCAGCCUUCACCGCUCUAUUCUAUUGUCAGUCCCUUUCCUUUGACCUUAAAGCGCACCAAGGAACUGCGGGCUCUCCAAGGAUGGAAGUAUUACUUCAGCUUGAUAAUCGAGUUGUCCGACAUAGCAGUGCCUAUGGUCAAAGCUAUCGUUUCUCAGGUUCGUACUGCGAUAUCAUUCUUCCUUGUUAGCCUGAUUGGGCGUUCUGUAGGACUCGUAUAUACCGGGAUAAGGCAAUCCUUGCGAUGGAAGUAAAGAUCACCUUGUAGCAAAUGAUAUAGAUGGGUUGUAGAGGACACUUUGUUCCAUUGAUUCUUUUCUGGGUCAAUAUUCUCUUUUGAUUUUUUGUCACUUAUUUUUGCAAUACCCUAUUCUUAUUCACACUUCAUACUACAGAAGUAUUAUUGAUCAUUUGAUAUCAGUAAAUUUUCAUUAAUUUUUUUUUUGUUGCAACAAA